AGAAUAGGACCUCCUACUUUAGUUUCUACAGGCCAAUCCUUGGAAGCACAAUGCAUAUGCUGGGGGAAGGCACUGGGUAGAUUGGCGAUAAUCUUCUGGACUGGGGAGUAGUGAGGUCUCCGGAACUAAGGUACAAAUAAGCAUAAGAUGGCUACGAAUGUAAGUCUGGACCCCAAUAACCCUGAUGACAAGUGCAGUCGCAAUGAAGUUUUGUCCUGGAUCAACAAAACAUUACAGAUUAAUUUUACUCAAGUGGAGCAAUGUCGUUCAGGUGCGUGUUUUUGCCAGCUUAUGGACUUGCUCUUUCCAGGAUCCAUCGACAUGAGUAAAGUAAAGUUUGAAUCCCAAAAGAGGUCUGAUUUUAUACAGAACUACUGUCUUCUGCAGACAGCUUUCCAAAAAUCAGGUGUAAAAGAGCCAGUCCCUGUGAAACCGCUUCUCACAGGAAAGUUUAGACCCAAUUUCACUUUUCUGAAAUGGUUCAAGAAAUUUUUCUUUGCCAAUGAGAGGCAAGGGAGAGAGUACAACCCAGUUGAAGCUCGUAAUGGUCUGGAUAUUGUACAAGUAGAUGACCCUGUUAAGUCUCCAAAAUCCUGGAAAAACCAACGUGAAUCUGGCAGAGUAAGAGACGAAUCUGACAAAGACAUGGAAUUGAAUGGAAGGAGGCGACCUUUUGAUCUUAAACGACACCAGCAGACUCGGAAGCAUAUGAAGCAUGAGAUGGGAGGAUUAAAUUCAUCUGGUAGAAAGUUGAUUGAAAACUCUAUUUCCUAUAGUAAAACCAUGCUGCUUUUUAUUCAAAACCAUUGCCUUUCCAAUUUACCCUCAAAGAUCAACAAGGUCUCCCAACGUACUGCAAGCUACAUCCUCGGCCUAAAUUAUCCAAAUGAUAUUGUUUCUGCUUGUAAGAUCAAUUCAUACUGUAUCUACAUAUACGGACAGGUGCCACUUGACGCAGAGAACAUAGAAAGGAGCUCCUGCCAUGCAGUUCUAGUCGGCUUUUUUGAGGAAAAGCUAUCAAAAUAUUGUAUCCGUCUGCUUGAUGUCUUUCAGGCUGAAGAUGGUAGCUCUGUAUCUGGAUGUUUACUCAAUGUCCUUCGGAAGUUUGAGCUUCCUGCUAACAACAUGGUAGCUCUCUAUGUUAAUGACCAAGAACAGACCUCAAGAAGUGUUGUGUCGCAGAUUCAGGAGCUCAACCCACAGGUGAUUGAUCUUGGUGGACUUUACCACGUACCUGAAUCUGCCUGCCGUGCUGGCCUAAAGGCGCACUACAGUCAGGUUCAGGAACUUAUUGCAGACAUAUAUGAGCACUUCUCAACUUGCUCCACCAGCAACGACAACUUCAAGAUGCUGUUUGCGGGCAUUGAUGAACUAAAAGACACCAGCACUCCUCUCUCAGACAGUUGUGAGGAGUUUUGUGUGCUUGUUCAAAGGAUGCUUGGAAUGUGGAGUGAUUUGGUAUCAUACUUUAGUUCCUGUGAUGAAAAUAAUGAUAAAGUUAAGCAGAUUUGUUCGCAGUUGGAGAAUCCUAAAAUUAGGAUCACCUUGAUGUUUCUGGAUCAUGCUCUUAGACCACUCCGUGCCUUCGACCAGCACCUGCAACAAAGCAAAGGCUCUGUCCGUGCUGAUCUUGUCCAGAUCCUUCGAGAAGCAAGUGUGCUCCUACGUUCUUAUGCUUGUAGUUUUCUUCGCCCUCAAGCGGUUAUACGCUACCUGAAGGAACGAGACCCAGCCCUCCUGGAGAACUCAACAUUCUGCCUUCCUGCUACUGAGCUCAGUCUAGGUGGUGCGGUGGAAGACUUCAUCUCCACCAGAGAAGAAGAACUAGCAGAUUACCUGAACGUGUUUCAUGAUGAGUGUUUAGCUUUCUACAAAACUCUUACAACCUCCAUUGCUAACAGUCUACCUCUGAGCGAUAGUGUCCUGAGGGGCAUUUCACAACUCCUCAGCCCGGCAGGAAGAUUAAAGGUCACAGGAAAUAGUAUAGUUGACCUUGCAGUACAAUUUGGCAUCUGCUCCAAACCUGAGGAUUCUGCUAAGCUCAAAGAUGAGUUCUUGGAAUACCAGCUUGUAGAGGAUGAAGAAGACACAUCUUCAACCAUUACUCUGGAACGAUACUGGUGUCAUGUGCUCAAGUCUUUACCACCAGAAUCUAUCUUCAAGAGACUUGUCCACUCUUUUUUGGUUUUGCCCUGUCCAUCUCUUGAAGCAGAAAAGAUCUUUGCACAGGCUGUUGAAAAUGGGGAUGCUGCUAAUUGGGAUGAUAGUUCAAGUGAAAGUGACUCAGAAAUGGCGAAAGAUCUGGAUUCCAAUGAUGACUCUUCUUUAGAGCACACUGAAGGCAAGAUUUCUCCUACCAGAAAUGGGAGAAUAGAAAAAAAAAGAAGCAGCACAUCAGACAUGGUUCAACACUCAAACACAGUGAAGCCGUGUGUGGUGCAACUGGAGAAGAUCACCAGUCAGAGAGAAAUGGACUUAAGGAAAGAUGGAGCCAAUGAUGGUAACUGGACUAGUAGCACAUUACAUGAGGGCUCAGUUAGGGGAAUAUACGGUUGGGACAGCAGCUUACGGCAGAAACCACAGGAACGUACAGUCUUUCAGGCUGGUACAGGCACCUGGAGCAAACCGGUGAACCCUGACAAGAACACCAAACCAGAGGUGGUUAAGAACAAUGCUCGUUCAUCCUCAACAAGUUCGUCCCUGAGCCCCAGACCUGGAAAGAGAGAACAAACGUACAAUGAUGGAAAAGGAUAUGCCAUUGGAGAGCUUGUGUGGGGAAAAGUAAAGGGCUUCUCCUGGUGGCCUGGACUGGUGGUGGCGUGGAAGGGCAGGGUGCUUCCUGUGUCUAUGAGGCGUGUAGAGUGGUUUGGAGAUGGCAUGUUUUCAGAGAUUCAUACAGAGGGACUGCUGUCUUUCGCUGAAUUUACAAAGUGCUUUUAUAGUAAAUCCUAUGAAGGUCUGCCUACCUACAAGAAUGCCAUCUAUCAAAUCCUAGAGUUGGCAGCGGUGCGCUGUGGGAAGACUUUCCCCCCUUCUGAGAAGAAAGGGGAAGAGGUGAAGGCUAUGCUGGAUUGGGCAUUUGGAGGCUUCCAGCCCACAGGUCCUGAUGGCUUUUUGCCUCUUGUGGACAGCUCUACCAGUAAUAAAACGGAGUCGGAUUCCUCUGUGUCUGAUUGUCAGCCUCCAGCCAAGAGGAAGUAUGUCACCAAGAACAGACAGUCAACUCAGGAUUACAACAGAGAUCAAAUGGUCAAGGAGGUAACCGUUAAAGGCAGAAACAUUGAAGAUUUCUGCCUGGCCUGUGGAAAUGACAACGUUGAAAUUUUCCAUCCUCUUUUUAAGGGAAGCCUUUGUUUAAAGUGCAAGGAGAACUUUACAGAGACGCUGUACAGGUAUGAUGAGGAUGGCUAUCAGUCGUACUGCACCAUCUGCUGUGCUGGACUAGAAGUCAUACUUUGUGGAAACGCCAGCUGCUGCAGGUGUUUCUGUAAAGACUGUUUGAAUGUGUUGGUGGGACCAGAGACAUUCGAUAAGCUAAAGGAGGUUGACCCAUGGAGCUGUUACAUUUGCCAGCCCUCUAAGUGCUACGGCGUGCUCAAGCUCAGGCCUGACUGGAGUGUUCGUGUCCAGGAGUAUUUCGCCAAUAACAGUGCCUUUGAAUUUGAGCCACAUCGAGUGUAUCCUUCAAUUCCAGCUCAUAAGCGUCGUCCAAUCAGAGUCCUCUCCCUGUUUGAUGGGAUUGCAACAGGCUAUCUGGUUUUAAAAGACCUGGGUUUUAAAUUGGGACGCUACAUUGCGUCUGAGAUCUGUGAAGACUCCAUCGCUGUUGGGAUGAUCAAACAUGAGGGCCAGGUUGAAUAUGUAAAAGAUGUGCGCACCAUCACAAGGAAACAUCUGGCUGAGUGGGGGCCAUUUGACCUCCUGAUUGGUGGAAGUCCUUGUAAUGACCUGUCCAUGGUGAAUCCAGCCAGAAAAGGUCUUUUUGAAGGUACAGGUCGACUGUUCUUUGAAUAUUACCGCAUGUUAACCAUGAUGAGGCCUAGAGAGGAUGAUGAUCGCCCCUUUUUCUGGCUCUUUGAGAAUGUAGUAGCCAUGAGUGCCCAUGACAAGGCUGAUAUCUGUCGUUUCCUGGAGUGUAAUCCUGUGAUGAUUGAUGCUGUGAAAGUAAGCCCAGCCCACAGAGCCCGUUACUUCUGGGGAAAUUUACCUGGAAUGAACCGACCACUUGCUACUUCACUCGCUGAUAAAGCAGAUCUGCAGGACUGCCUGGAGGUUGGACGAACUGCAAUGUUCAACAAAGUUCGCACUAUCACCACCAAGUCCAAUUCCAUCAAACAAGGGAAGAUGGGACCUCUGCCAGUCACCAUGAACGGAAAAGAGGACUAUCUUUGGUGCACUGAAAUGGAGAGAAUAUUUGGGUUCCCAAAGCAUUACACAGAUGUGAAUAAUAUGGGGCGGGGACAGAGGCAGAAGUUGCUUGGGCGGUCCUGGAGUGUUCCCGUGAUCCGACACCUCUUUGCCCCUCUGAAAGAUUACUUCGCUUGCGAGUAAAACCAGUGUCUGGUCCAGACAGCACUGGCACUGGUGGUCCAAAUCGAGUCUCUCAGAUAUAUGAAAUUGAUGAUAUUUUUUUUUUUCUGCAGAUUCUGACCUCACAGAAUAUCUUCCAAUUUUAAUCUUACAUUUGUUCUAAACGUUCAGUAAGCAUGUUUUCCUGACGAUUUAUCCUUGGAAUGCACAGACACUUUUGGAUUGGAUUUUGAACAUCUUAAGUACUGUCGUUUUUAACUUGUUUACUUUUAAAGUGAUUUUAUGCUGGAGAGAGCCACACAAUACUCAAUCCACUACCUCAGUGCCAUUCUGUGAUUGGUUCAUUGUCUGGAGGAAUGCCGCUUUAUGCCUAUUUAUAAUUUAAUGAAUAAGUUAAAGUUAGUUUGGUUUAGUUUAUCAGUUUUAACCUUUUGUCAGCUUUUUAUAUCACAUUUUUACACUAGAUCGUUUCCCUGUUUAGGAAUAAACAUGUCCUGUUGUUAAAUAUUACAUAGUUUCAUCAUUUUUAAAAUGAUGAUUGGUAUUGUUGUCAUCCCACGGUGCUGUUUUGUAAUGCAGAAUUGUUGACCAUCAUGAUAACUGUACUAAGCCAACACUUAAAUAUUUUCUUAUUUAGCAACAUUUUUUUAAUGGAAGUGUGUUAAUACACACUGGAGAUGACUUGGGUUUUAAACAGCAUUUUGUAGGAAUACAUGCAAUCUUGUAGUGCUCUAUGUAUUUAGAAGCACAAAUGUUGUCUGUGCCAUUAUAUUUUAAUAAUUGAUAGAUGUGAGCUGACAGUAACCUUCUAAAGCUUUACCCUUAAAAAGAAAAAGUAAUCUUGAUUAUUUUUGAUCAAUUUAUAGAGCGGCGUUGCCAUUUUAAGACUACUUUUUUGCCUUGAGCUAGCAUUUUAUACCAUACUGUAAUAAUUUGACAACAGACAAGUCAUCAACUUGUGGGAUUAAUGAUUUAAUCACAUUUUGCCCCAUUUCUAACCUGUACGCACUUCUGAUUUGAAACUGUUGGUUCAACCUGGUCACUGCAGCAUUGAUUUGUGCUUUUUUUUUUUGGUGAGGAUUUAGCAUACCACAAUAUCGAAGUCACUGUGUUAACUUUGAAGCCUUUUUGUACAACAUGGUGCAAUGUGAUCAAGGGCUUAAACGGAAUAAGUGCCUACACAUUGAUAGGCUAUAUUGUUAUGUAGAAGAAAAAAAAAUAGUUGAACUGAUUGUGACUGGCAUGACCUUUUAAAGGGAAGAAUUUUGGCUACUUUGCAUUUGUCUAGUGCAAGUGGCCAAAUUUUAUCUUACUUUUGAAAUGUCUCCGAAUACAUUUCGUUAUCAAUUGUGUUCCACUGUCAGUGUAAAAUUAGGUGCUUCAUAAUGUGUGUAUAAAUACUGUUUUCAUUGUAGUUGUUUAGCAUGUGUGUUUUCAGCAUUAUGCAUAUCAUGGUGAUUUGUGGUUCUGACUUUGUCACAGGUCAAAUCUAGGGUGACCAUACAUCCUCUUUCUAUUCCUGGACAUAUUCUCGCUGGGUUUCUAAAUUGCCUAAAUUGUCCGAGGUUUGGCUUUGUUUGGACAUUUAAGGCAAUUUAGAAAUCCCGGCCAGGACAUGCUUAUUGAAAUACAGUCACCCUAGUUAAAGCUGAUUUUCACAUGACACCAAGAGACUUAAACUAAGCUUUUUUUUUACAUUUUAGUUAGGCAUGGGCCAGCUUGAGGUGUGUGUGCUUUGGUAAAAGGUCGAUAACUGGAUCACCUAAGUCUUGAUGCCUUUUGGAUGUGUAUGUCUUGUAGCAAAGCUUUAGAAAUUCCAAGUAAGACCUGUGUUGGUGCUGUGUUACAUGUAAUUGAUGUAAAAUGAUGGGCCAUUUGUAAUUCAAAGGUGCAGUAUUGUGUCAUAAGAAAUAACUCCCUCAGGUCUUCUCAACACCAGCAGACCUCAUAGGACCCUGAUCUAUAAGGUCACACUUGAUUAUUUUUAUUCAAUUCUUUGUGAAUAGAAUAUACUAUAUAUUUGUACCCUUGAAAUUGCCCUUAAUACCUCUUUUUAUUCUCCUGUUGAAAGGGUUUUAAAAAACCCUGAUGUCUUUUGGUGCUAAAUAAAAAAAGCUAAUGAUGUAUUUAGCUGUAGAAUGUUUUCCUGAACCGAUGAUUUCAAGACAGGUUUUAUUUUAAUAUCUUUUACAUGUUAUUUUACAUGGUCUGUUUACCUAGCUUUAAUAUUCCAUGCUUGUACUAAUAUCAGUGAUGAAAAAUAAAUUGCACCAACCUUU